UAGCGGCGUCGCUUGUAUAGCCAAAUCAAAGGUUAGAGUGCAUUCUAGUAUGAGUGUUGUUGCUAACACACGGUUCAAUAAUUAAAAAAUAAUACUAAAAGGAGCGUGUUUAUCAACGUGAAUGUGAUUACAGUGUGAUCAGUUUUAAGAGUUUUAAGUUUUGUCAGAGCUACUUCCGGAAUUACUGCAGGUUUUUGUUUGCAUAUCGCUAAACCGUUUAGCUCGCUAGCUAGCACUGAAUAGUGAGUUAGUAACCAGCGGUCUCUGUAGUAAGUAAAUAAUUUAAGAGUGAAAAUGGUGGCAGUGUGGAUCAGCUGAGUGUUUAUACAGCAGCUCAAUGGGAAAGAGGAAGGACAUGAUGAUCCACCCCAGGUUUCUUGUAGGGGAUGAUGAUGACUAUAACACCCACAGAAAGAAGCACAAAAAGCACAAGAAACAUAAGAAGAAGCACCACCGUGAUGAUGGCCACAGCUUCUCAUCUGAGGCUCUGGAGUCAGACUCUGGCAUCGUGCUGAAACCUCCACAGCUGAAGCUCAAGAUCAAAUUAGGAGGGCAAACCCUGGGCACCAAGAGUGUGCCCACCUUCACAGUGGUACCCGAGGCCGUGCGCUCGAUGGCUCCUCUGGUUGUGGACAGUGAUGACGAUGACGACUCUGAUGAUGAGGAUGAUGAUGAGGAUGACGAGGAUGAUGAUGAGCCCUCAGAGGGAGUUCCUAUUGAGCAGUACCGUGCCUGGCUCGACGAGGACAGUAACUUGGAGCCUUCUCCUCUGCCAGACAUGGACACUGAUUCGUUUUUGGAAGGCCCCAUGGAUGAGGAGGAGAAGUGGCUUGAUGCGCUGGAGAAAGGAGAACUGGAUGAUAACGGAGAGCUGAAGAAGGAGAUAGACGAGUCGCUUCUGACUGCCAGACAGAAAGCACUGUUGCACAAGCAGCAGAUCCAGCCCCUCUUCGAGCUCCCCAUGGGCUACAAGGAGAAGGAGCUGACGGCCGAGAUGCUGCAGAAGCGGGAGGAACGAGCCCGCAAGAGACGCCUGCAGGCGGCCAAAAAGGCUGAAGAGAACAAGAACCAGACCAUUGAGAGGCUCACCAAGACCAGCAAGGCCAAAAUCAAGAGCGCAAAAGAGCGCAAGGCCAAGCAGGCGCAGGUGCCCAUGGUGAGGUACUUGGAUAACGCUCAGGGGGCAGCGAUCUCUUACCCGGUGGGAGUGACCGCUCCGGUACCUGCCCCUCCACGCCCACUUCCUCCUGCUCCAGUGAGCUGCGGCGUCGCGGGCUGCUCCAACCUGAAGAAGUAUUCAUGCUCCAAGACGGGAACUCCACUCUGCAGUCUGGACUGUUACAGGAAGAACUUAAUGCUUAUAGAGAGUGCAGCUUGAGCUCAAAAGGACAUGGGUUAGUAGCUUUUAGAAACCUUGCACUAUUGGAACAGUAGGACUUUAUGGAUGUCUGUGACUGAAAGAGAGUCAACUUUAUACAUUAUACUUUAUACCUAUCCCCCCCAGUUUGUUUUGCUAUCACUGAUGUCCUCUGCUGUGUCAGAUCCCAAUCCAUCAAGCAUGCACUUGCAGUUAUAAGCUGACCAACCACAUGAGUGAAACUAAGCUCGUUUCAGUUAUCUAUGUAAAGGAGUAGUUGUGUCAUUUUUACAGCCCUCUGCUGCCUGAGAGGGAAAAAGCAAUUGCAAAAAAAAAAAAAAAAAAUCUUGACAAGCCCUGUUCCCUUUCCUGCCUUUUCUUCUGUUUGGUGGUUUUCCUUUUAAAGGGAAUGGGAAGAGCUAGGCAGCUAUGCUCAGGCUGGGGGCGGGGCUAAUUUCAGAAAGCAGAAAAAUACAAACGGAAACCUGACAUAUAAAUUAGCCAGAUAGUCUGCAUGGUGAGAUGACAAAUCACAGGCAUUUUAGGGUAUCUUUCAAAUCUUAUGAUUUGAAAGAUAUGGUUUAGAAAUAACUUUACAAUUACAGCCUACACCUUUAAAGUCAUCCAGAAAGGAGAAACUGGACGCUCUGUAAAUAUUCAUCUUAGUUGGUUUAUAUUGUAUUCUGACUUACAAACUAACUUCGUUUGUUAGUCUUAAUUAUGUUAAAUUAGAGAGGAGCACUAUGCUGAAUCAGUGUAGAGGUGAACCCAGAACUUCAUGUAUUUAUUGUGUUUGUGUGAUGCUUCAGUGUGUCAAGGCUUUAGUGUUUAAAUUUUUCUUGAGUACGCCAGAUUUUUUUUUAUUUUUGUAAAAAGCCUGAAAUAAACAACAUUAUUACAAGGUGA